GUUAAGGUGAGAGAAAGGGAAUACAGCAUGACGUAUGAAAGAAAAAGAAACCAAACCGUGUUGCCGUACAGCGCUUAAUGCCCAGAUAUACCUCAAGCAGACAGUAGAUACAUGCCAAGAAGAGAUGAGAAAUGGCAGCACAGCCCAUCAAUCCUUUUAGGCUCACCACUACUGAAACCAGAGCUCGUAUUGGAUCCGAUAUCACUCUUCAGUGCCACGUGUCAUCUGAAAUCACUUUUGAUGUUGACAUGGAGAUCAGAUGGUUUAAGGGGACAGACUGUGUUUGUCUCUAUAAGAACGGAAAGGUGAUAGAAGGGAGAGGCUACGAGAACAGAGUGAGGAGUCUAUUCACUGAAGUAUUAAGGAAUGGAGACGUAUCCUUAACACUGAAAUGCUUCAGACGGUCAGAUAUUGGAGAUUAUAUGUGUCAGGUCAACAAUGGAGACAGAAAAGAAGAGAUAAAUAUAAGAGUAAAAAAGGUCACUCAGCAUCUGUGUACAUCAUAUGGAGCACUAGCAGCUGGAGUAUUGGCACUAGCUGUAGCUUUAGCACUUGCAGUAACAAAAGAGACGAGAGGAACAAUGCAAUUGCAGACCUAUGCAGCACCAGCACUACCAAAAGCAGCAAGAAAAAGAGCAGGAAGAGUCCUAGCAGCAACAGUAGCACAACAAGCAGCAGCAGAUGGAGCAGGAGGAGGAGGAGCAGCAGCAACCGCAACAGUGAUAGUAGCAACAGCAGCGGCAGGACUAACAUUAAUAGCAGCAGCAGCAAUAAUUGGAGCAGCCACAUUCGUCAAAACUGAGAGGAUAGAGAGAACAUGGAGUGAUGUGGAGAGAAUGGAAAUUAAAAGAUCUGCUCUAAUGACAGUUCAAUUAAGAAGAAGCAGCAAUGAGCUGAUUAAUCCAUCCAUGAGUGGAGAAACCUGAAGUCCAGAGUCUUUAGUGUUGUUUCCUGGAUAAGAACUCAGGCUGGUUCUGCUGAGAAUUCUGGAUGGAAAGGAGAAGAACCUGACUGGUUCAUAGGGAUCCUUCCGCUAGGAGUGUGCAGGGACCAUAAAACCGAAAAUGACUUGCACUUUCUGAUUAAAUGGACACAAUGCAUCUGCACGUUUAAUCAUUCAUCAAAUAAGGACCCCCACCCCUAAAUGUUGUGUUAUAUAUCAGCACAGUACAGUAUGUGUAUCAAAUCUAAAGACCGUCUUCAAAUUACCUUUGGCACAGAACUGGCACAAAAAAGCAUCUAAAUUGCAUGGCUAACAUUAGAAAGUAAAUGCUGGCCCAAAUCUUGUCCACUUUAUUUUAGCCAUAACUAAACCAAAACAGUGCCAUAUCUUCACAAUUCAUAAAAAACAGAUGUUUUUCUUCUUGUAUGCAUCAUUUUUAAGUAAACUGUUGGAAAAAGGGA